AUGGUAGAGGGGAAGGCUGAAACUUUGUUUGGGGUUUCCAUGAGUGAGGUUGUACAAGCACAGCUAAGAGUAUUAGUUAAGGAAGAGAGAGUGAAGUGUCGGGGUCCCGGGAAUGUUGAGGAGAACAAAGCAGCAGAACAGAGUGUGUCUGUGUCCAUCUCUAUGCACUUUGGACAACGGGAACCAUAUCUUCUUUUUUCACACUCCACACCCAUCUUCUACACUUGCCUCAUUUCCACUUUAUUUGCCUCUGAUUGCCAAAGGUUGAAAACAGUUUCUUUGGACGAAAUGGGUCGUUGGAAUUCAGACUUGAAUUUGCACAUUUGUAAAUGUAUCUUUUCAAUGUUGAUUUUCUGUGCAACUUUCUGCGUUGGGGACACUGAUCCACUUGAUGUUGCGGCAAUCAAUAGUUUGUAUGUGGCUCUUGGCUCACCACCCCUUGAGGGGUGGAAAGCUAUAGGAGGAGAUCCAUGCUUGGAGGAAUGGCAAGGUGUGAGUUGUGUCUUCUCCAACAUAACUGCUUUACGACUGGGAGGCAUGAAUCUAAGUGGACAACUGGGAAGUAAUUUGGAUUUCCCAUCCAUUAUAGAAUUGGAUCUUAGCAACAACCAGAUUGGAGGGGCCAUUCCAUCCACUUUGUCCCCUACUUUGAGGAACUUGUCACUUUCAGCUAAUCAAUUAAAUGGAAGCAUUCCAGAUGCCUUAUCCUCAUUAACUCAAUUGUCAGACUUGUCAUUGAAAGAUAACCAUCUGAAUGGACAAAUUCCAGAUGCAUUCCCACAGCUCACUGGUUUGAUGAAUAUGGAUCUGUCAGGCAACAACUUGAGUGGUCAGCUGCCUCCCUCAAUGGGGAAUUUGUCAUCUCUGGUCACAUUACAUUUGCAGCACAAUCAACUUUCUGGGACCCUAUUUGUUUUGCAGGACCUCCCCCUUCAGGAUCUGAACAUCGAGAACAAUAUAUUCUCUGGGCCAAUUCCUCCGGAGUUGUUGAGUAUGCCUAAUUUCAGAAAAGAUGGGAAUCCGUUUAAUACUACUGUCAUUCCAUCACCUCCAGCUGCUUCCCCUGCACCCGUUGCUAUGGCUCCUUCCCCAGAAAAAUCACCUUGGAAAGUGGCAAAUAAUCCCUCUGCUACCACCAUAAAAGCACCAAUACCUGCAAUUGCUGAGAGGUCUUUCAAAACUAAGAAAUUAGUUUGGAUUGUUGCUGCAGGCUUUUUAUUAUUCAUUGCAUUAGGAGUUUGUCUUCUAAUGUUGUGGUGCUUUAAGAGAAGAUCAGAGAAUAAGAGCUAUAAGAAACACAACAUGAAUGUGUAUAAAAGAUCUUUGCAUAAAUAUACAAGCAAUGACUCCCCUUUUGAAGCAACUGAUGAUGAGAAGAAAGGAUGGUGUUCCAAACUUCCCCCACUGCAGCCAGCACCACCACAUCAACUCCCAAUCAUUCCUGGAGAGAAUUUACUCAUCAAUCGAACUAUAUCUGGCAAUGCAACCAAAAGACAAAUUGUAACAAAUUUCAUCCAAGUUUAUACUGUUUCAUCUCUUCAGCAGUACACAAAUAGUUUUUCCCAAGAAAAUUAUAUUGGGGAAGGCAUGCUUGGGCCUGUUUAUAGAGCUGAACUCCCAGAUGGAAAGUCACUGGCAAUUAGAAAGCUGAAUGCUUCUGCUUCUGCUUCCAUGGGACAAAAUCACGAGCAGUUUCUUCAAUUAGCUUCCAGUAUCUCCAAAAUUCAACAUGCCAAUAUUGUAAAGCUUAUGGGCUACUGUUCUGAGUAUAGCCAACGACUACUUGUAUAUGAGUAUUGCAGUAAUGGCACCCUUCGUGAUGCAUUGCAUACAGAUGAUAAACUUCAGAUUAAACUUUCAUGGGAUGAUCGCAUUCAAGUGUCACUUGGAGCAGCAAGAGCUUUAGAGUAUUUGCAUGAUUACUUUCAGCCACCCAUUGUGCACCGAAACUUCACCUCUGCUAAUAUACUCCUUAAUGACAAGUUGGAAGUGAAGGUCUCUGACUGUGGAUUAGGUUCUUUACUAUCUUCAGGCUCUUCUAGUAAGUUUUCGGGACACCAACUCACAGCUAAUGGUUAUAGUGCUCCAGAAUAUGAGUAUGGAAGUUAUACACUGCAAAGUGAUGUCUUUAGCUUUGGAGUUGUAAUGCUUGAACUCCUGACUGGACGAAAAUCCUAUGACAGCUCACUGCCACGUGGAGAGCAGUUUUUGGUGAAAUGGGCAGUCCCUCAACUCCAUGACAUAGAUGCAUUGUCAAAAAUGGUUGACCCCUCUUUAAAUGGAGAGUAUCCUAAGAAAUCAUUGUCACGUUUUGCAGACAUUAUUUCUUCAUGUAUACAGCAUGAACCUGAGUUUCGACCAGCUAUGUCAGAAAUUGUUCAGGAUCUCUUGCGAAUGAUGUAG